CAACGGCAACUGCUAUGUGAUAGGAAAGGAGAUCUAGAGAACAACCGUGAAAGCCAAAAAAAAAAAAAGGUCGUAGGAAAAUUAGAAAGUCACAUUUCGUCGCAAAAAAACAACAUAUUAAAACACGAUUUACGCAAGGCCACUAGCCGAGACGUCCAGAAGGCGCGCGUCACAUUCUUCCAGAAGAAAAGCGAAGCGAUACAGUGAACAUCGUCGGAGUCUCGAGCAGACAAACAGCACAACCCCCAGUCCUGCCGCGGUCUCCAUUUUAACUCCUUGCCCGGUCUGUACCUCACGUGUCCUGGACUGUCUUUCUCACAUGACCCGUGUGUUUGUCCCCGUGAUCAGUACUUCCAUCUCCGUAUAUCAGUGUCGCUGAAUAUCACAUUUUAAACUGUAACCUUCAUGGAUAUGCUUGAACAGAGUUUGGACAGCUCUACGAGUCACGAGAAACAGGAAACGGAGGAGGUUGUCCACUUACAAGAAGAGUCAGUAGGUGCGGAGGAGCACACAGCAGUAACCAUCGCAAGCGUACAGCAGGCCGCAGCUUUUGCAGACCACAAUGUCCAGUACCAGUUUCGUACAGAUGCUAGUGGAGGGCAGGUGACCUACCGGGUGGUCCAGGUCACAGAUGACCAGCUCGAGGCUGCUGACGGGAGCGGAGCCGUCAGCGUCGUGUCCACCGCUGCGUUUGCUGGAACCCAGCAAGCUGUGGCUCAGGCUGUCAUCCAGAACCCCUUCAGUAACGGGGGCAGCCCAGCCGGGGACGGCGUUGGGGGGGAAACACGCUUCGCCUACUUCCCUGCCGCCACGGUCAGCGACGGAACAGCCGUUUCAGUCCAGGCGACUUCUGACCCCACACUAACUCAGGCUGGAGGCCAGUUCUACGUGAUGAUGAGCCCUCCCGACGUGUUACAGGCCGGUACGCCGCGGACCAUCGCCCCUCGCACACACACCUACACCGCAGACCUUGGUGAGAGCGAGAUGCUGCAACAUGGCAGUUCAAACUGGAAGAUGGACGGGCCGAGAGCUCCCCGGGAUGAGAGGAGACGAGCGCAGCACAACGAAGUUGAGAGGCGGAGAAGAGACAAAAUCAACAACUGGAUUGUCACUCUAUCAAAGAUCAUCCCAGACUGUAACAUCGACAGCACUAAGACGGGAGCGAGUAAAGGAGGGAUCCUGUCGAAGGCGUGUGACUACAUCCGGGAGCUGAGACAGAACAACCAGCGUCUGCAGGAGAGCUUUAAAGAGGUGGAGAGGGUCCAGAUGGACAACGAUCUGCUCAGGCAACAGAUUGAGGAGCUGAAGAACGACAACGCCCUGCUUCGAGCGCAGCUACAACAGCACGGCAUCGAGAUCAACGGCGACGCCACGGCUCAGUGAACCUGGACACGCAAUCUUUGGCUCACACUCACACAACCUUAUAUUGUUACUAGGGCACUGGAAAGAAACUUUUACUAAAAAAAACAAACAUUGCUGUACAUGUAGAAUUGCGUCAUCCAAAAUAAACACAGACACACACAUGCAAGUGCGCGCACACACACACAGAGGACAUGGAGAGGAACGUUGAAGCCUCCACCUUCAACCAACAUGACCCUCCUUCUCUUCUAAACCGGGAAAACAAGCUCAUUCUCUGCAGCUGACUGAGUUUGUCACCUCGGUUCAAAGGAAAACCUACAAUUCAAAUCCUGUUUUAGUUCACAUUAUGGACUAAGAUACUUUGCAUUAAAACAAAAUUGUCUUGUUAUAAUUCUGUUAUCCUACAGCAGAUUUCCUUUUGCUUUCUCCUGCGUUUGUUGUGAGUGAUAACUACUGUCUGAAAUGAAAGAAUUCCUUUUUUGUUGA